GCUUUGUUUUCUGAUAGCUGUGGUACUUGUUCUCAAUUUUCACAGCUUUUUGACACGGUAUCCACAUUAUUUCCAAACGUCAAAUUUGUUCGUAUUGAUGGAUCGGUACAUCGCCAUAUUGCUUUAGAGCUUGUAGGAGAUGCGUUUCCUGGUGUCGCAAGUUAUAUCAAUGGAGUUUAUAUCGAUUAUAUGCGUACACCAAAAACAAAAAAGUCUUUAAUAUUAUGGAUUUUACAACGAACGGGAAAUUCGGUUACUCUUAUUGAAUCUGAGGAAAAAUUGGAAAAGCUUAAACAAUAUUACCCUGUUGUGUAUUACGGAAACUUUUCGUCUUUGGAAAAAAAGGAUGCGAAAAAUUUUAUAAGUUUUGCGUCUAAACACCGUGAUUGGGGAGUUUUCGCCUUAAGUCUCAAAUCGUUACAGGAUAAGUCCAAAGGAACCAUUACCGUUUUUCAUAAACAUGGGCUCCCGCAACAACUGAAUGAUGUCUCUAUGUUUAAUCUCUGGAUAGAAGAAAAUCGCUUUACUCCAUUUGGUGAAAUGACAGAAGAAAACCAACAUUUUUAUUAUUUAACAAAAAAAGAUCCUAUAAUAUUAUUGGCAACACCAAGUCUUAUCCGAAACUAUACUCAAACUUUCAUAGCAUUACAUGAACGUUUUAAAAAAAUAUAUCAUGUUGUAUGGAUCAAUAUAGAGAAGCCCCAAUUUUCUCACUUGAAAGAUACGUAUCAACUCAAAAGUAUUCCUGCUUGUAUUCUUAUACGCGGCACUGGAGAACGUAAAAAUCAUCAAGUUUUUAAGUUUGAGUCUCCUGACAAGACCCUUUCUACUAAGGAAGCCUUAAAGGAUAUCAACGCACUUGAAAAGUUUAUCAAAAAUGUACAAUUUGGAAUGAUACGGUCUUUUGUUCAAUCAGAGGAAAAAACUGACGAUGAGCGUUUACAACGGCGCAAUAUCGCUGUUGUGACAGGAAACAAUUUUCAUUCUACUGUUUUAAAUUCACCAAAUGAUUAUCUUUUGUUUUUAACAACACCUUAUGGCAACAGUAUAAUGCCGGGAUGCACAGCUUGCAAGAAAUUGCUGCACGAAUUGGAUUCGAUGCAUUCAGCUUUAAAAAAACUUUUACAUCCAGUUAAACCGCCCUUUAUGGGUGAGUUCAGAGUAACCCAUAAUGAAAUUCCCGUCUUAGGAUGGAGAGGUACAUGGAAUUUAGAUGAUCUUCCAGUUAUGUAUAUGUUACCAGAAAACGAAACAAAACCGCAGGAAUUUCUUAACUGUCAGGAUGCGAAAACCUGCUUGAUAGCCUGGGUAUCUCAUACGAAGCGAAUUCCUGAGAAUCGAAAAUUUCAAAUAAAAAAAGAAAUAAAAAAAAUAAUAGUUUUAUAGUACCAUUCCGUUACGGAUUAACAUACCUGACAACUCAGUUUCGUUAACGUGAACGGUUUCUGUUAUUCUUGAAGAAACACUCAUCAAGACGUGUCACAAUAACAUAACAGUGGCCUUGCUUAAAAUGCAUAAAACUUAUUUUUUGGCUCAUCUAUCAGACUGAAAGAUUUUAUUACUUCCAAUGAGCCAAAGCUUGUUUUACAAAGGACAAAAGGGGCAGAAAACA